UUCUUGCUUUGGGCAAAAAAAACAAAACAAACUAAUUUCAUAUCAUUGAGCCCAGACACGUUGAGAGUCCUCACAGACACACACAGGUGAAACACUACCACCAUGUGUGCGCGGUGAGUCAUCACACUCAUGGCGGCUGAGUGACUCUGAAACGUCUGCAGCUUUUAUGCCUUUUGUUCGCUCUGACUUCACCCAGCACUCCUACUGAAUAAUUGCCGCUGAAUCCAAUAAUUUCCCGCCCUUUCAAAGCGAUGAUGAGUCACACGCGCAUCACAGCCCAGCGGUGACUCAGGUGUGAGUCACAGAAUAUGACUUGCCCCCUGUGAGUCACGUGACAACUCCACUUCCUGUACCAUGAAUUUUUUUUUUACAACUCCCAAGAACCAAAACCUGUGACGGCUGAUGUGUGCCAACAUGUGCCUGAUGAAACCAGAGAAUUACACUGUGGUCGUGACGGACGUGCGGACGGGUUCCUCAAGGCUGAGGUCGUGUUGAGUCGGGUCACUUUUAACACCUGUGCCAUCUUGUUCUGACACGUUAGAGUCGCCCUGCUAUCACAAAGCAGACCGUCGCGAGCACAGCGUGUCACAGGCACACUGAGGCAACCAACCGCUGUGGAUGGGUGGGAUCAGCGCGAGCAGUCUGCUGGUAGCCACGUAGCUAGCCGUCAACGUUAGCCGCGUAGCUAACGUCAGCGAACGUCACAAUGGACUUGCCACAUCAUGGGUACCGAGCAACAGCUAAACCAAGAGCCCGUGCGGCUCCACCCACUGCAGAUUCUGUCCUGUUCGAUGACACAAGCUCUGGAGGAGCACCAGCCAUGAACAGUCAAGCGUACUACACUCCCGGGUACAACAUGGCAGCGCCCACAAAUGACAUGCAAGGAGGUGCGGGGGUGAACAACCUGUUUACUGACCCAAUGGCCAAUGCUGCGAUGAUGUAUGGCUCCUCAUUAGCCAACCAAGGGAAGGACAUGGUAAACAAAGAGAUCAGCAGAUUCAUGUCAAUGAACAAGCUGAAGUACUUCUUUGCCGUCGACACCAGAUAUGUAUUGAAGAAACUUAUGAUCCUCAUGUUCCCGUACACACAUCAGGAUUGGGAAGUUCGUUACCAUCGGGACACUCCACUGCCUCCAAGACAGGAUGUGAAUGCACCUGAUCUUUACAUACCAACCAUGGCUUUCAUUACUUACAUUUUACUCGCUGGAAUGGCCCUCGGUAUUCAAAAGAGGUUCAGCCCAGAGGUUCUUGGACUGUGUGCCAGCACUGCCCUCGUGUGGGUCAUCAUCGAGGUCUUGGUGAUGUUGUUGAGUUUGUACCUGCUGACGGUACACAGCGACCUCUCGACCUUUGAUCUCAUCGCCUACAGUGGAUACAAAUACGUUGGGAUGAUCUUCACAAUGUUGUGUGGCUUGCUCUUUGGCAGUGACGGUUAUUAUGUGGCCCUUGCCUGGUCCUCUUGUGCCCUAAUGUUCUUCAUUGUUCGAUCUCUGAAAAUGAAGAUCCUCACCUCUCUCUCCUCGGACUCCAUGGGAACUGCAUCAAGUGCCAAACCUCAUCUCCGCCUUUAUAUCACUGUGGCGACUGCACUCUUCCAGCCAAUCAUUAUAUAUUGGUUAACCUCUCACUUGAUCAGGUGACCAUGAGGCAUUUAAUAACCUGAAGUCCAAGUGUAUUGGACCUGAAAAUGUGGUUGUUGAGUGUUUGUACACCUGCCUUUACAUGCUCUUUUGUCAGUAAACUCAAAACAUAUGUAAACAGUGUUGAUAUGCAGCGUGUCGAGCUUUUCAGAGGGACAUGUUCGUAAUGCGAUGGUUUCAAUGAUUUAACCACAAAGUGUGGCACAGAAAAUGUCUCACCGUGAGUGUACAGUAACAAUGACAAAUGCUUAUUUUUGGCCACCUAACUUUGAAAACAAGGGCUUUCAUUGUGGCUUUUGUUUAAUCAGAGUUUCCUUUUUAUAUAACGUUCCCAGAUGUGCUUUCCAUCAUUUACACCACACAGUACGAACCACACAGACUGAACCACUCAGUACACACAUGAUUUGAGUGCCACGUGUCUGGUAUGGUAAUAAUUUCUGCAUUAUCUCCCCUUUUCCUGUGAAUCCUGGAUUUUAUUUAUCUACAUUUGACAAAGCAUGACAAUGUUUGGAUUUUUUGUAGAAAAAAAAUAAAUAUAUUUAGCUUUGUGCAUUCAACUUCAA